AUGCAGUCCGUCGCACAAAACUUUAUCUGUCUAUCACAUAGCUUCAUGCUCACCUUUAUCUCACCAAAAAACUCAAAUUCAAAUAGCCUAGAGUACGUGCUACGCCAGAUCGAUCUACAAUACUCCCAUGACCCGAAUCUGAUCUCUCAACUAAUCUAUAUCAAUGGACUGCUGCCAUCAAAAAUUGUCAAUCUUCUCGAUUCUCAAGACUUCACUUUCGCCUCCGAUGCCAAUAUGAUGACCAAAUUCCAUUAUAUCCGCUGCGAGACCCUUGCUAACAUAAUCGACGCUGUACUGCCGCCAAACAUAACACAACAAACCACACCAAACACCGUACACGUGAUCUCGGGGCGGGUCGUAAUUGUAGAUGAGCCCGUAUCCGUGGGGUUUCGGUCGGGUCACGACUACGUGAAAGUCAACGCUGAGCUUGUAUCUGUGGCACAAAAGCUCAAGAAAUCAGGCUGUACAUCCUACAUUCUUGAUAAUGUAUUGCAUUUUCUUUCUGUGCAAGCAAAUGCGGUUUUGGAAGUGUAA